AUGAACCUGCCAGGAGAUGAACCUGCCAGGAGAUUAACCUGCCAGGAGAUCAACCUGCCAGGAGAUCAACCUGCCAGGAGAUCAACCUGCCAGGAGAUCAACCUGCCAGGAGAUCAACCUGCUAGGAGAUCAACCUCCCAGGAGAUCAACCUGCCAGAAGAUCAACCUGCCAGGAGAUCAACCUGCCAGGAGAUCAACCUGCAAGGAGAUCAACCUGCUAGGAGAUCAACCUAUCCCUUUAAUUUAUGUUUUUUAAUUAGAAUACUGACAGCUCUAUUCUAUGGAGCUUCUUCCUUUCUGAUAAUGGUUGUCAACAAACGGGUUCUGACUGUUUACAAUUUCCCAUCUUUUCAAGUUCUAGGACUGGGACAAAUUAUUGCCACCAUAAUAAUUCUAAAAGUUGGAAAACUUUUACAAAUUGUUAAUUUCCCUGAUCUCACCAAAGAUACUGCUAGGAAGAUUUGGCCUCUGCCCCUGAUGUACCUUGGGAAUAUGGUGUUCGGACUAGGGAUGGAUACAACAGAAUGUGAAUAUUUAAUUUUGAAGUCCAAGCCGAGUAGAGCAGUUCAACUCUCUGUAUACCUGAUGAUAUUCGGCACUUUAGUUGCUGCGUCUAACGACCUGGCGUUUAAUGUCCAGGGUUAUGUAUUUGUUCUCCUUAACGAUUUCUUCACUGCUGGUAAUGGGGUGAUCAUGAAGAAAAAAUUAGACGCCAAGGAUUUGGGUAAGUAUGGUCUGAUGUACUACAACAGUUUAUUCAUGGUCCUCCCCUCUCUCUUUUUCUGUGUACAAUCUGGAGAUCUAGAAACUACAUUAGGUAAUACCAGGGACCACAAAACUACAUUAGGUAAUACCAGGAACUACAAAACUACAUUAGGUAAUACCAGGAACCACAAAACUAUAUUAGGUAAUACCAGGAACUACAAAACUACAUUAGGUAAUACCAGGAACUACAAAACUACAUUAGGAAAUACCAGGAACCACAAAACUACAUUAGGUAAUACCAGGAACCACAAAACUACAUUAGGAAAUACCAGAAACCACACCACUACAUUAGGUAAUACCAGGAAACACAAAACUACGUUAGGUAAUACCAGGAACCACAAAACUACAUUAGGUAAUACCAGAAACUACACCACUACAUUAGGUAAUACCAGGAACCACAAAACUACAUUAGGAAAUACCAGGAACCAUAAACUAUUUAUGUGUACUGCGUACAAUUCUGCUUUAACAACAACAAUUGUUGGAUGUCUCAAAAAUAUUUUAAUAACGUACCUAGGAAUAUUUAUUGGCGGUGAUUACCAGUAUUCUUUAGUAAACUUUAUCGGGCUCAAUAUAAGCGUGGUCGGCAGCUUAAUCUAUACAAAAGUGACCUUCACGGCGAAGGCUCGGCCAGCAGCUAGUGAAACGGCCGGUCAAGUGCUCAAAAUUUAAAAAUAUUUUAGAAAUAAUUUACACACUCACAGUUUUCUUCAAAAUCAUUUCCCUUAUUAUGUAGACUCCGUUCAGGGUUUUGAUUUUAAAAACCGCUAAAAUAAUUUGGGUAUUGUGAAACAUAAAAAAAAUGACACAAACAUGUUCCUUUAAAGAAAACGAAACUAAAAAAUAAUUAUAAUUUAAAGACCGCUGGUUAAGUACUUUAUUGAUUCAAACAAUUUUUGUCCAAUUUAUUUGUUCACAAAUAUUUGGACGACAAAAUAUACUGAAAACUGGUUCAGCUUGAUCCAGGGAAUAACAAUAGUUAUCUUUUCCGCUAGAGUUUAAUUUCGUUUUGGUUAGUGAGGAGCUCAGAGAUCAGAACUUAUAUUGUUAAUCUUAAACAGUUGAUCUCGAUAUCCAAUGUGAGCACUUUUGAAUUUUAGGAUUAAUGGUUGAUCCCUUAAUAAGUUAUCCCUGCAGGGUGAGACCAUCACGGGAUAUCAGAGGGUAAUUAAAUAACUUUGUUUAAGAUGGUCAGAGGGAGAUCAAUACUUAAUCCCAAGAUUCACAAAACACAAGUUCUGACUAUUUAUGAUUGCCAGAUGAUUUGCUAUCUGUGCCACUUUAGCCAUGGACUGUUUAAGAGACAAUUAUUAAAUCAAUAAUUCGUAUUAUAAAAUUUAUACAUUCCAUAAAUUUAGUUUUUAAUGAUAAAUUAUUGUUAUUUUUUGCAAAUAUUGUAUAGUUCAAUUUUGUAAAUAAAUUUUUGAGAACUUAUGAAUGUAGUUGAUGUAGAUAAAUUUCAUGGAAACCAGUUUUUAGGUUUU